AUGACUAAGACCCCUCUGUUUGGCCUCACCUUUGUCUCAGAGUCUGUACAACCGCAGCAGGAAAAAAGACUUCCCGAGAGCUCUCCGCAGCGCAUCACGCUCUACGACAUUGCGCAGAAGCCGCCCGUGGAGGAGUCGUGCUGCGCGCCCAACCCAUGGAAGGCCAGAUUCGCACUCAACUUUAAGCAAUUGCCUUACUCGACGACAUGGGUGGGCAUGCUGGACAUUGCCAAGGUGCGCCGGGCCCUCGGCGCGCCGGCGUGCCGCAAGUUUGCCGACGGCGACGACUUUUACACGCUGCCCGUGGUGCAGGACCCCGCGACGGGCUCUGUCGUCGGCGACUCCUUUGACAUUGCCCUGUAUCUCGAGCAAGCCUACCCCAAGUCCGGCGGCGGCAGCCUCUUCCCCGACCAGGCGCUCGUAUUUGCCUUUGAGCCGACGGUCGACUUUCCCACGCUGCUGACGCUGCCCGGCGACGCCCGCCACCCGCAGUACGGGCGCUUCAACCUGAGUGCCGACACGCUCUUCACCACCUUUGCGAGCCUCAUCGCCAACAGCAUGCCGCUGGACCCGGCCACGGCCGACGAGGUCAGGGCCGAGUUUGCGCGCCGCGCCGGCGUCGCGCCCGGCCAGGACUUUGUGCUCGACGGCGCGGCGCGGCAGGCGGUGCUCGACGGCUUCGAGGCGGCGCUGGGCGACCUGGCCGAGCUGUACGGCGGAAAGGACGACGGGCCAUUUAUUCUGGGGAGGCAGGUCAGCUAUGCGGACUUUAUUGUCGGCGCGUGGCUGCGCAUGUACUGCGUCGCACUGCCGAGGGGGGAGUGGGAGCAGCUCAGAGCCUGGCACAACGGUACCUUUGGACGUCUACAUGAUGCCCUGGAUGCGUAUGCCCAAAUCCACUGA